CUUUCCUCAAUUCGAUUUGUAACGUCGCUCGGUACGGUCGUUCGUCAGUGUGGUGUGGUCGCAGCCGCGCGUGUGUGUUUUGUGGUGAUUUGUGUGUGAAAAUUUAACCAAUCGGCUACACAGUGGUGUGAAAACGCAACGGCACUGCAUCGGCAUUAUACCGUGUUGCGCCGGUGUGUCCAGGUUGUGCUGAGGCCGCCGUGCCCUGAGGUCAGUUCCGCCAGCCCAGGCUUCUGCCCAGUUUAGUGUGUCAACAAAGCGCUGUUCUGGAAUUUCCGCUGUUGAACGGAAAGUCGAAUUCAUACCGUGUACUUCGGAUGUUGUGCGGCUAGCAAGCAGAGUGUGUGUGUGUGUGCUUCUGAUAAGUGCAUAUGUGUGCAUUUGUGUGUACAUAAUAUUAUCGUGUGUGCGUGCGUGUGGAUGUGCUAAGUGCAAGAAGUUCGCUCGAUGCAGCUGAUCACGCAUGCCGUGGUUGGUAGGGCCGUAGUAGUGUAGUACCGCGGGGCUGUAAGUGCAGCGAGCGCCCCAAAACGAAGCCUGUGCAGCAACAGGAAUCUCUCCAAAACGGUGCUCUCUGUCAUCCCGUUUGGGAGAGGGGGAGAGAAGUUAGACCCCUGCGUGGUGGUGUGAAACGUAACGUCGUCACCAUUCGAUCUCAACCGGGCGACUCACAGGAUUCGGGUGACGAGGAGCUUGCGCCUCGCACCGGUCCCUGUGCCCUGCCCCGCUCGACGGUGGCAGGAGGUGGAGGAGGAGGAGGAGGAGGAGGAGGAGGUGGAGGUGCUGGAAGUGGCGGAUUAGUGGGAGGAUAUCCGCCCGGCAACAUGUCGCUGAAUGGGCGCGAGCUGGUGAAGCAGCCGCCACCGGCCGACUACAACCAGAGCGUGUUGACGAUGCAGAAAUCGGUCACCAUCACGGUGACGCCGCAGCGCAGCAACUCGAUGGAUCUGCUCAACUUCGAGGAGAAGCGACAGCUGAUCGCGUCCUCGCUGUCACUGUCCGACAUACUGCACGUCAGUCCGGCCGCGGCGCACGUUGCCAAGGAGGUUGCCGCCAGCACGGUGAUUGCGACAAAAAAACAGAACGGCACCACGAUGCGCUCGAACAGCCUCAAUUCGGGCUCCCGGACACCGCCACUAGAGCGCAAAAGCAGCAAGUUCAGCGCCUUCGGCCGGCUGUUCAAGCCGUGGAAGUGGCGGAGAAAAAAGAAAAGCGAAAAGUUCGAGUCCACCUCAAAGUCGCUCGAGCGGAAAAUUUCAGUACGUGCCAACCGGGAAGAACUUGUACAAAAGGGCAUUCUGCUACCGGAAAGCCCUACAUCUGCACUAUCGAUAGCUGCCAUUUGCAUCAGUCCCACGGAAUCGGUUACGUGGUCCACCUCAGCUCACAGGCAGUUGCAAACCUUCCAUCAUCAGCCACCGCCGCCGCCACCCCCAAUGGCGUCGUUGCACUAUCGCAGUCCAAACGAGGAGCAAUACACGAUCUACAACUCAGUGAACGGAACGAACGGUGCCGUCCUGCCAAAUCUCGCAACCUCUGUCAACGCACCAAAUAGUACUAGCAUAGCGAGCAACAACGUGCCUUUAUCGCAAUCGGCCCAGCAGAUCAGCAGCCUCGGCGGCGGUCCGGGCGGUGUCGGCACCCCGGUUGGUUCACUCAACCUGUCGGCCAUCCUGGGCGGUGGCGGCGGCGGUGCUAUGGGUCCCGGAGGACAGCUGGUCAAUUCAUCCACCGGUGCGGGUGGUGGUGGUGGUGGUGGUGUAAUCGGUGCAAACAUGAUCAGUGGUAGUACGGCUGGCAGUGCGUUGGCCAGCAUUUUGACCGGAAGUGUUAGUUUAAGUGGUGGUGGUGGUGGUGGUGGAGGAUCUGGUGCCAGCGGGUCCAGUGGAAAUGGUGGACCAGGCGGGGGAGGUGCAGGUGGUGCCGGUGUCGUGCUAGUGUCCGGGCUGGCGCACUCACAAUCCGCCCAUCAGAUAGGGCAACCGCCGCCACCGUCCCUCGUUCACGCGCAGCUUGCCCCGCACCAAGCCCUUCAGCAGCAGCUACAGCAGCAUUUCGCGAACGUAGCCGCCAACGCCAGUGCCAACAUGAAUCAAGUUCAAGAUAAUCAAAGGAAAACACCACCGCCGGCCAAUGACGGCCAACAGCAGCAGCAUCAGCUGCAGCACCAUCAGAUGCAGCAGCAAACGCAAUCUCUCCAGGCGCAGCACCACCACCAGGCGCUGCAGCAGCAGCUCCAGCAGCACCACCAGGCGCAGCAGCAGGCCCAGCAGCUGGCCCAGCAGCACGGGCAGCAUGGCGGUGGCCACGGGCAUACCCACGGGGGGCACCAUGGGCUGCCUAAUCAUAUCGUGCUGUCGGAGCUGCCGGAACCGCCGAUUCCGGUGUCGGAGAUUGGUCCCAUCCCACCGCCGCCCAUGUUCUCCACGCCCAGCCCAACGCUGGCCGGGACGCGCUCGCACGGUUCCAGCGCGGGUGGCGUAAGCAUGGGAGGCAGUAGCGGUGGCGGCGGCGGCGGUAGCAGUAGCAGUGGUGGCGGUGGUGGCAUCGCGGGCGGAGGCCAACCACCGAAUGUGCAUUCCACUAGUAGCAAUAGUAGUAUUAUGAGUAACCUUAUACCGUUAGAUAUGAACGAUUACGACUACGACGAUCAUGAAAACAAUGAUCAAGAGGAGAUCGAUUCAGACGAAGACUACAUGUACCCGAUGUCCCAGCCGAACCCCAACAUUGACACGAACCGUAUCGACGAGAUCCCGGCCAAGGAACCGAACAUUAACGCGGUGCCAUUGAAGUCUGCGCUGAAGAAGAAAGGCUCCAACCCGGGAACCCCGACGCAGGACAAUCGUGCCCUGGCGGUACGAUACGACACCAAUCCACCGGCUGCCGCCACAAUCAAGCCAGUUUUACGACCACGGAUUAGAAUAUGUUCGCGACCGAUGCGUUUCCAAAUAGGCCUACCGAGCACGAUGGAAAACAAGGAAAACGCUCGCCCGUUUGUGAUCCGCGAGACCGGCGAUGACUGUGACCAGUCGGACGGGCCGAUCCACUACCGGGACGAGGAUGCGGACCGGGCGGCGAAAAUCGCGCGCAAGGAAAGUCUUUCCAUCAAGCUGGCACUAAGGCCCGACCGGCAGGAACUGAUCAACCGGAACAUCCUACAGCUGCAGUCGGACAACGAGAAGCAGGAAUCGAAGGAAGCGAUCGGUGCGCGCCUAAUCCGCCGGCUGUCAAUGCGCCCCACCGCCGAGGAGCUUGUCGAGCGGAACAUUCUCAAAACACAAUCGCCGGCGGAAGAGAAAAAGCAAAAGGAGGAAAAGAAACGCUAUCUACUGCGGAAGCUCAGCUUCCGGCCGACGGUCGACGAGCUGAAGGAGAAGAAAAUUAUUCGUUUCAACGAUUACAUUGAGGUGACGCAGGCGCACGACUACGACCGGCGGGCGGACAAACCGUGGACACGCUUGACGCCGAAAGACAAGGCCGCCAUCCGCAAGGAAUUGAACGAGUUCAAGAGCUCCGAAAUGGCCGUGCACGAAGGUAGUCGACAUCUUACCAGGUUUCAUAGGCCAUGACAACUGCAAGGAAGGAAGGCCAAACAGUGCAAGCAAUUUGCCAUUCAUUACGUUUUACAUUUCUCAUUAGAAAUUACUUCCAUCCAACGUCAGACCGUGUACAUCUGAGUGUGGCACCGCGCGCAACACGCUUUGGUUUGUUGUUUAUGGUAGGGCCGAUAACUCAACGCUUCGAUUAAGUUGUGAACAAGGAUCGCUUCCUGGGGCAGAGAGAGCAGCGCAAACGGUUCUUGCUGUGCAGCACCAACAUUUGUCCUUGGAGCUUUUGCCUUGGAGGACAAUGUUUGCUCCGGCGGGUUUCGCUGUAAAACUACUCGUUCUUGUAGAAGCCGCCCUUUCGGGACACAUUCUUGUUAAAAAGUACGCGGCAGAGCCAGUUGCUAGCAUGGUUACUAGUGCGGCACUGUAUUAGUAUUUCCCACCAGUUUACAUAACACAAAAAAAAACAAGAAAUCGGUUCGACAAAGAGAUUCCAGGAUUGCAACAUUUCCUUCAUAAUUCCGACCGAUGCCAAUUGAAACCUCGACGAUCAUCACAAUCAGACUAAUUUGCUCCUAAGCUUACAUGCAAGGUAGAAUUCCCGGUAACAUGAAGAUGAAUAUUUUAAACACCCAACCACUCUAGACGACUACUUACAACAGGUUGAAGUUAGUAGACAAACAUCCACGCAAAGACAAUUUCCCCCUCUGAGAAGGAAAUGCCACUCACGGGACUAUCUCAGCUUGGUUUCGCACAUACUGUAACUGUUAUUUGCAGUCAUGAUAAGCCCUGUGAUGAUUGCACGCGGCAGCCAUAUUGUACUAUUACACGCAGCGAAACCGCACAUUCUCGAUGAACGGUGGGCCCCAACGACGACACACACGAUCUAAUGAUUGAAGGUGCGCGCGUGUGUGUGUAAUCAGUAGCUUCUUAAAAAUUGCGACGCAAAAUGUUUUACUAUUUUCGCCAAUCGGUCGGUUAAAAUUAUUCGCAAUUACAUACACAGACAUAAAACGAGAAAGAUUGCAUUGCAAGUGUGCAGCAAAAGGAAAAGUGGUGUUAUCACAAGACAAAAUAUCCCCAUACUAAACAACGGUAGGGACAGCAGACGGAAAAAAAACAUCUAAAAUUGGAAACAAAACAAAAAAAAAGUAAGGAAAAGCUUGUUUUGAAGAGAAAACAAAAACAUAAAUGAGAAUAAUCAUACUGUGAUAAAGUUGAUGACGUUAGUAGAAUGUUACCGACAAGGAGGAAAUGCAAGCAUGAAAUGUAUGUAAGAGGGGGGACACAUUUUGCAAAAAGAAGGAAAAAAAUAACAAUUCGACUGUGCGACAUUGGGAAAAGUGAACGUUGUAGCUGGGCGUCGUUGGUAUUUGGAGGCAGACAGAACCGGAUAGGUGAAAAAAUUCAACAAAUUUCGACGACGGUGGCAAGGCAAGAGCGAUCCACUAGGAAUGAGAGAACAGAGCGUAGUACUAGAGCCGUUGUACGCGGAAGCUUCACGCACCGUUGUAGGAAGGAAAGCAAAAGCUAACCAGCUUGGUUAUGCUCAUCAAAUUGAGCAGAAACCGGCAGUAAUUGCAGCUUAAUGUGAGUUUUAGCAAUAGGCAACGGACAAGCUCCGAUAAACUUUGAGUACAGAUAAGAGCAGCAGCAGCAGCAGUAGCAGAAGCAGUACCAUCACAAAACAACAUCCAUACCAGUGAUUAUUAAAAGACCACGUGGUAACGGCGAUUGGGAUUCAGGAACUAGUUCAGUUCACAAUUAACGACAAAACUAUAGGUAUAUGCGUGUAUCACAGGAAACCAGGUGCAUUUUGUGCGCGAAAACACUCGAGUGGAGUGUAAUUGGUAUUACAAGUCGUACAUAACACGCUGCAUAAUAUAAAACAAACCUAUGCUUAUAAAUUCUUUGUGCAAACAUGGACGGAAGCAAAACCGUGCAACGUCUGCUAAAAUAAUACUGCGGUGCUGCUAAGAACACUACUGCUACUGCUGCUGCUAUUACUACUAACGCUAACACAACCAACCAGUACCAGAAAGCAAGAAACGAAAUCAUUACAUUGUACAUAUCCUGCGCAUGCAACUGGUGCAGACGGUUGCAGAGUUUUGAGAUCAUCCUCGGUGCGAACGUAUUAUUAAAAAUCCCAAAAGGAUGCGCCAUUCGGAUGCACGAAGCAUCGACAAAACAGGAUGAAGAAUCGGUGUUUACAUUUAGAAUCCCUUUACCAAUAGUGGAAUUUGGAAUCGUACUGCUACGUAAACUUCUUCACUUUUUCGACAGGUGUGAUCUAUUCACAUCGGCACGUGGAAAAAACGCGUAAGUGUUUAAUUUGAUCAAACACGUAGCAAAAGAGUGAAUGGUGGUGGGAUGCUGUUAUGCAAACCCGAUGAGGAAGUUAUAAAAUGGCAGCAAAUGGGGGGAGCAAAAUAGAAAAGGAAAAUAAACACAACGAGACAACAAUGCAAAUGGUAGAGAACGCAUGAAGAUACACAUUUUGAUAACAAAGCUAUAUCCAUCGUCUCAGAGAGUGAGGUAGAGAGAGAGUGAGAGAGUAGAGAGAAGAAAGAAGGGCGAGAGAGAUAUAGAGGAAACGGGAGAAGGAAAGAGAGAGGAAGAGAGAGUUAAUGAAUAUGAAAAUGUCAAACCGAAAUAAACAAGUCUUUAACAGUUGGAGUGAGAGUUAAUGCGUUUUAGACGAAGUCUGGCCACGAGACAGAUACGAGCCACUCGUGUUGUAAUGAUGGGUUGGGUGAAGCCAAGAGUAGUUGAACGUGAAGCAAUUUAUCGGACGACACGAAGGACUCGAGGAACACACUAAAUCAGGAGUGAAAAGCAAAUGCAAAGCGAUGUGUAAGAUACGAAAAAAAUUCAAAACAGAUAUUGUCUAAACAUAAAUACAGAACCCCCAUUACUCUCCUGAAUGGCGAAUGCAAAAUAUAAACAAAAAAGCAAGCAAAUGUGUUCGAUAACGACUACUUGGCUAUGGAAGGGGAAGGAAAAAAACAAAUAAAAGCAUAAACUAAACCAUAACCAUAAUCAAGCAUUAAAAGGCAUUUUGGUGAGCCAAAAAGAUAUUUGUAGCAAAAAGGGUGCGAUGCAUCACAAAUCUCACAGAAAGACACAAAACCAACAAACACACAUACACGACGCAACACACAACGCUCGUUAUGCGACAGGCAAAUAGAGCGCAUCUUUUAACGUUGGGUAAAGUGCGAUCUUUGAUUUUGUGACACUAUUUGAAGUAGCACAUUUUUUCAAUAAUUCUGUCGUUUACUAGCUUUGGCUAGGUGCAAAGCUUUACAUGAAGGCAUGAAACCUUUCGUUUCAUACACGUGUGUAAUUAAUCAAGUGAAGUGUGUUUGCGUUCAUUUGGUGCUUUGGAAGGCACGGUAAUUGGUGAUCUAAUCUUGCCUGACUGUGUGUUGUGUAUAUGGAUGACUUUAAUCAUGAAAAAGCUCGUUUGAUUGCUUUUCUUUUAGUUGUGAUGUUGCUGUGCACUGCAACAAAUUUCAGAGCCCGUGGCAUUAGUGUCCGUGUUGGAGCUGGUCCUCACAAUCGACAAAAUUAACGUUAUGUUUUGAAUGCCCUUCCACAGACCCGGGGCAAAAAACAAACAACUUCCAGAUAUAGUAUCGAAUCAUUCAAAGAAGAAACAAAACCCACACACCACCCAUACUCUCACUCAAUCACACGGACUACCAGAUACAUCCAGAGGCGGAAAACCAAGUGAAAACAUGAAAUAUGAAUUAUGAGUAUAAAAAUUUCAAAGUGAAAGUAACAGAAAUGAAACACACAUUAGAGUUUAAGUGUAAUACGUAUAAAUAUAUAUAUAUGAACAUAUAUAUUAAUAUCGAUGCAUAAACACAGAAGCAGGAAACGGUUGAUGAUGAUGCAAAGGAAAACAGCAGGCAAGUAUGAUGGGAAGGUGAGAUAAGUGCGGAAGAAUGUGUGGUAGGAUGAAUCGGUUACAAAAACCGUCGACAAAUAGGACGCAACAUGCUGUCCGGAGCGAAACAAAUCAAUAAUUUGUUAAGACAAGCAAACAAACAAACAAACAAAAAAGAAUACAAAACAAAUAACGACAAAUAAAUGAAACAGAAAAUGUAA